AUGUCUCAGCUCGAGCAACGAAAGGAACUGGACAUCGAAUCGAGAAACAGCAAUAUUGUUCAGCUGGCAGAGUAUUAUAUAUCCGCGUUGUCGAAGGAGUCCUCUUCAGCAGGCAAUGUGCGGCAGGUGUCUCCGGAAGAGCCGCAAAUUGCUACUUCGUACCACACUCUGGAGGCUAAGCUAUCGCAUUCGCUUACAGACCAAGGCAUUGCCCGCGAUCACAGUUCAAUCUCUCCUGUAAAUGCUGUCGUCGGAGAACCGUCAAAGGACGCAUUCAUCUGUCAAGAAUUACUCUCCACCCUUCGAGCGGAGCUCAGCGCGAAAGCCCUGCCCGCUAAGGCAAUCAAGGAGCCGAAGCGUCCAGUCUCUGUGCUGUCAGUUCUGAACUACAGGGGACCAAGCGUUGCAGCUCAUCUCGUAGAUGCCGCUGCUUUGGAACUUGGAGCUUGGGUAGUCCGGUUAGACGCUGCCGUGAUCGGUAGACUUGUAGGCCAAUACCUGGGACAAAGUCCUUAUUCUUCAAGAGGUGGCAUUUCCAUGCUUGGAUAUGCUGCUGCGGAUGCGAAUGGAAGACUCGUUUCUAAGACGGAGUCUACGGAGCUGGGCCAGGACCAAGACCUGCAAACAAUCAGUGUGACCAAACUCUUCCCAGCGCUGGCUGAUGACAGAUGGGAAGAGCUCAAGAUGAGCCGCAUUCUUGAGGAAAUUCUUUGCGCUCCUGAUGUCAAGACAGCUAUGAGCACCCGAUCAUCAGAUUUAACUUUGAUCGUACAUAUUCACGACUACGUUGAGCUUGUGAUGACGCCGGAGGGAGCCUCCAUCAUAAACAAGCUUCGGACAGUCAUAGAUCGAAAAUGGCAAAAGGGAGCCAAGAUUGUUAUGCUUGGCUCUACCUCAAGCCAUAUCAACUCUGCUCCCAAGUGGCGAGAGACAUUGGAUGAUUUACGCAAGGAUGACUGCCACAUUGUACCAUUUUAUAUUGCCGAGCAACAAGCCUCGGCUGCCAGGAGGCUGCUUUGGGAGCAAUGCGAUUAUCUGAGAGACAAUAUCAAUAACAUAACGUCGAUGCUCGAGGCUAUGACGGGCAAAUCGGUUUCUUUGGACUUGGAAAGGACAGACGAUGUCGAAUUGCGUGAACUCCAAGAAUUCCUAGGCCGAGGACUCUACGAUAUCCACUGGAUUUACCGUUUUGCGACACAGAUUCUAGGAUCGGAGCGCUUCCAUCCUCAUGGCUUUGAGAAGGCUGUGAUUCUAGGCGCUUUUCAGACCAUGUCUUUAUCAGACGGUCACUGGACAUCAAUGCAUGCGACAGCUGAACAUGGCCACUUCUCUACUUUUAUCAGCCCGGGAGGUACUGAUCUGGAUGCAAAUGUAACCCGCGGAACGAAGCGUCAACGGAGACAAAUUGACACAUCAAAUUUCGAUGAGUAUGAAAAGAAACUACUCUCAGGACUUGUUGACGCUGAGGAUAUCAACGUCACCUUCAAGGAUGUUGUUGCCCCACCAGAAGUUGGCGAGUCGCUGCUGACUUUGACUUCACUUUCCCUCCAUCGUCCCGAGGCGUUUUCGUACGGAGUUCUUGCUCGAGAACGGAUACAUGGCUGUCUGCUGUAUGGACCACCUGGCACAGGUAAAACAAUGAUGGCUAAGGCACUGGCAAAGCAAAGUGAAGCAAACAUGCUAGAAGUCAGCGCCGCCUCUAUCAAUGAUAUGUGGGUUGGCAACAGUGAAAAGAACGUUCGAGCGUUGUUCGCCGUGGCUCGAAAGCUGUCGCCGAUGGUCAUUUUUCUGGACGAGGCGGAGGCUCUCCUUGGCACUAGGAGUACUAAAACCUCCAGAGGCGGCUUUCACGAGGCUCUUAAUCAAUUUUUGAGAGAAUGGGAUGGGUUGACUACCUCACUGAAUGAUUCCAAGACAUUCAUCGUGGUCGCUACCAAUCGGCCUUUUGAUCUCGAUGAAGCCGUCUUAAGGCGACUGCCUCGCCGAAUUUUGGUUGACCUGCCUCUUCGAUCAGCCCGCUUGGACAUCAUGCAGUCUCUUCUUCGCGACGAGAUACUGGAUCCAUCCGUUUCGUUGGAUCGACUAGCUACAGAGACUGAGCUAUAUUCCGGCUCUGAUCUGAAGAACCUCUGCGUAGCAGCGGCUAUGGACGCUGUGAAAGAGGAGCUGAGAGCGAAGGACAGCCAUCAAGGUUCAGAGGAGUUCAAGUUUGCUGACAGGCGCGUUCUCACAAACCGGCAUUUCCAGAAGGCCCUCAGCGACAUCAGUGCAAGCAUUAGCGAAGAUAUGGAAUCGCUCAAGGCAAUUCGCAAAUUUGAUGAGCGAUAUGGCGACUCGGGACGGCGGCAGAAGAAGCGGAACCUCAUGGGGUUCGACGUAGUUCCCAACCAGUCAACCUCCGAGGAUGCACGCGUCAGGCGCCUCUGA